GCAUCUUCAGUGUGGGCACCCGGCUGUGACUGCUUGCGGCUUCACAGCCGGGUACCCACUGCGCAUGCAUGAGUAGCACUGCACUUCAUGAAUGAUCCUGCAGUCUUCUGGGACCUGUCGCAUGUCCCAAAACACUACAGGGAGGGAGGACAGCUACCGCUUCCAAUCACCUAGGCCAGGGGCGAUCGGACUGGAAGUGGGUACCUAUCAAAGUCAGGUACCCACUCACCCCCCAAAAGGUGCCAAUUCUUACUGGGGAACGGGGAAGCAGUCCUUAAAGUGAAACUUCCCCUUUUGGGUGGAGCCCCGC